UUUGAUAUCAAUUUUCACACAAUCCUUUUCUCCCAAUUCCCACCCAAAAUACACUGACACGCUUAGUUCCCCACAUAAACAGACCUGACCUUUAUAUAUAAAUAAAAUUCCAUUCUACUCUCCAUUAUUAUUUUCAACUUAUCGGCCUGGUCCUGGGGAUUCCGAUCGUAUGGAAUUCUUCAAGAGAGCCAAAGUGGUUCGUCUCCGUAGCCAACACCACAAAUUUCUAACCGCGUCGGAAGACGAGGAAUCCGUUAAGCAAUCCCGCAAAGGUUCAUCAAAGAACGUUCGCUGGACCGUCGAACCAGUCCAAGGAAAACCCAACCUCAUUCGUCUCAAGAGUUGUUUUAGCUGCAAGUAUUUAUCCGCAUCGGAGGAGCCUUUUCUCCUGGGAUGGACGGGUAAACGAGUAUUUCAAUCUUCCCCAAGGCUCCGACUCGACCCUUCCGUCGAAUGGGAACCGAUUAGAGAAGGGUCCCACUCCCACUCCCACUCCCACAUUAAGUUGAAGAGUAAUCGUAGCGGGAAUUACCUUAGAGGCAAUGGUGGGGUUCCUCCAUGGAAUAAUUCAGUGACACAUGAUGUACCUUCCAGAAGUGUCACUCAAGAUUGGAUUGUUUGGAGCGUUGAUAUUCUUGAGGUUGAUUAUGAAUCAAUGGAUGAGGUUAAUUCUGGGAGUGUUGAGGAAGAAUCAAUUGUAGCAGAUAAUAAUGAUGAUGAUGAUUUAUCAUCAAGGAAAUCUUCGUAUUCUUCUGCAACGGAUGAUAAGGAUAGUAAUGAGGCCGAAUCUCCUGCACAUUCGACUCCCAAGUCGGUUAGAUCUGUCCGUUCUUCUAAUUCGGCGACUCCUGCUGCACAAAGCACAAACCCAAGUCCUGCAUCAUCAGAACAACCUACUCGAGUCUCACCCUUUGUCCAACAUCAUUUGCGCAAUGAAUCUCAGCGCUCUGAUUCAUUCAGCAAGCUAAAAUCCAUGUUAAGCGGUUUACAAGACCUACUUGAUGAAACACAAGAAACUGACUCUAAAUCAGAUGCUGGUUCAGAGUUCUCUGCAAAGCAGGAUCUCACUUCACACCAGCCUCACGAAAUCGAAGUUAAGAUGGCUAAACAAACACUUAAAGAGUUACGGGGCAUGGAUUUCAACACUCUUUUGUCUUCUGGAAGAGACAAGAAGCUAGAGAAGUCGAUCAAUAUUGUUGUUGCUGAUGCAAAUGUUUCUUUUAAUGGUCAGAUUCCUAAAGAGUUAUCCAAUCUUCAAGACCAAAUAAAGUCUAUGAGGAAUGACCAUAAUUUAGCCUCCCAAGAGUUGAGUGAUUAUACUACAUUUACUACAAGGAGAAUAGAAAUCAAAAACGAACUUAAGAAGGAUGCUGCUAAGGCUCACGAGCUGGAGAUUUUAGAAGUCGGGUUUAGCAACAUGCUCGAGACAGCAAGAGCUAAAAGGGAUGAUUUGUUGAAGCAACUUGAGGAAGUUGAGAAUAACAUUAAGGUUGCAGAAAUUGCUCAGGCAGAUAAUGCAGUGGAGAUUGAAGAGCUUAUUUCAAGAAUAGGGGAUAAGAGUCAAAAUUUGAGGGACAUGGAGAAGAAUCAUAAGUCAUGGCAGGUAAAAAAAGCUGAAGCUGAGAGGACUUUGGAGAAUGUAGAACAAGAGUGGCUUAAGCUCAACAAUUUGCUUCAGGAUCUUUGAUUCUCGCUUUCACUUUGUGCGUAAUCAUUUUAAACAUUCUAUUUAUGUCAUUAAGAUUACCAAGUUGUCAAAUCAUGUGUAUAGUUAUUUGUUUGUUUUUUUUUAUUUGUAAAUUGUAAAAUUAUACUUCAUAUGUUUGGUGUCGUAGUCUUUUUGGUAUUGGUUUUUCCUUUUAGAAAAUGUAUUGGGUUUCUUAAAGGGGAAUUUUGUAAGUUUAAUGUAAAAAGAAUUUUUUAUAUAUUAUUUUGAUAUAGAGAUAAUAAUUAUGAUUCAUAUAUAGUUGGUUAAAAGAUAGUUGAAAAUGGAACAAUAGUUGGUUAAAAGAUAUUUGAAGAGGCCAUUUAAACGGUCGUAAGUUAGUCGUAAAACAAUCGUACUUUGUUCAAAAUGGUGGAAUAUUUCCCACCCAAUGAUUUUCAUCAAUAUAUAUUAAAUCAUAUAAGACUACAUCA